CAACUACACAUCAGUGACGCCACUUUCGCACUCUCUAACAUUUCACCUGAUAAUCCCCCCUCAUCCGUGUGAUAGCGUCUUAAUUCUAUGUUUAUCUAAGAGCCAUAUCGAAAGGAAUUAAAAAACUGGUGGUAGUAUACGGAUUGCCACUGUAACUUGAUCUUUGAUGAAUUCAAACAUGAUCGACAAGGCAAACAUGGACAAUGGAGAUAUCACUCCAACCAGGAAUAGUCCUGUUGAAGGCAUACAAGAGGAACAACCGCCGGCUGUACCUGCAUCAGCUCCACCCGAAGCUGCAUCAACUCCAAACCAGGAGCUUUUGGCAGUCACGGACGAGGCAAGCCGGUUACGAGAAUUGCAGGCCGAUGUUCGUGACCUGGAUGAUCUUGAAAGAGACAUCUCUCGUCAGGCCGACAAGUUGCUCAUGGAACAGGCUGAUGAACGUGAUAGUAAGAGAUUGGAAAGGACUACUUUAGAGAAACAAAAGCUUGAAGCCCAAAUCUUGAAAUUGCAUCAGCGUUUGUCACAGCCGGUUGGCACAUCUGCGAGAGUUCGUACCAGGAAUGAAAUUGAGAAACUCGAAGCCCGCAAUGCUGCAUUGGCAAAUGACCUCACUGAGAUACAGCAACGGUUUGAUGAGAGGCAUCAAGGACAGGAGGCCAUUUCCGAGACCACUGGCACUGGCCGCAUGCCGAACGAGUCGCGCCGAGAUUAUCUCAUCCGGACCGGAAAAAUCACGCCCUUUUCCAAUAUGAGCGCUGGGCCAAAUCAUGGCCCCCUUGCCAGCCUUCAGGAUGCCCUGAUUGAUGCGGAAGAUGAACGCGAUGAAAUAGAAGCAUUAGAGCAGAUGAAAAAUCGAUCGGCGGUCUCACACCGUAACCUUGUGCGGCCAGGGUUCGGCUUCGACGAAACACCUGACUCUGGCGUACCGGAAAAGCUUCCUGUUCCUCGAGCGAGUAAACGCCGAAAGAUAGACAAUGGCUCCCACACAAGCAAGACCUAUCUGGAACAAGGAGGCUUGAAUCAAGGUGCAGAGGUUCCCGAGGAGAUUCAGUCGGAGGACCAAGACGAGUCUGUGAGCUAUGUUGAAUCUGAAGAGCAACCAUCUUCAUCAGAAAAUGAAGAAGAGUUCUUGCCUGAAGAGAGGCCAAAACGAAUGGCGAUGCGAGCAAAAGCUCCAAAGCCUUCGGACGAGGUCGAAGAUUUCAGUGGGAUGGACGACGGAAACGAAAAGCUUUACCAAUCCAGACUCCAAUAUUGGGUUGACCGAAGGGCAGCGGCUAGGAAGCGAGCCUUUGAAGCAGGACACCAACCCGAAGUGGAUGGACUCGAUCAGGGCGAACAGGAAGAAUGGUUUAUGCCUCAUCCCACAGUUGCGGACAUGCAGUAUGACAACGGAUAUCGGAUACCCGGAGACAUACAUCCACUUUUGUUCGAUUAUCAGAAGACAGGAGUGCAGUGGCUCUGGGAAUUGCAACAGCAACAAGUAGGUGGUAUCAUCGGGGACGAGAUGGGUCUUGGUAAGACUAUCCAAGUUAUCGCGUUCCUUGCGGGUCUCCAUUACAGCAAAAAAUUGACUAGGCCCGUCAUUGUCGUAUGCCCCGCCACUGUCAUGAAGCAGUGGGUUAACGAGUUCCACCGGUGGUGGCCACCUUUUCGUGUAUCCAUUCUGCAUACAUCCGGUAGCGGAAUGGUCAACAUCCGGAAUGAGAGCAGCAGAGAAGAUGCUCUCCUCUCCCAAGAGUGGAGUGCCUCCGGGCCUCGUGGCAUUCCAACUGGCUCCAAGGCAGCGAGGAGAGUUGUUAAACGUGUGGUAGAGGAAGGGCAUGUGCUAGUAACAACUUACUCGGGACUGCAGACUUAUGCUUCUCUCCUAAUUCCGACUGAGUGGGGUUGCGCUGUUCUGGAUGAAGGCCACAAAAUUCGGAAUCCGAAUACCUCGAUUACUAUCCAUUGCAAAGAACUUCGCACACCUCACCGCAUCAUUCUAUCCGGAACCCCAAUGCAGAACAACCUCACAGAGCUCUGGUCCUUGUUCGAUUUUGUCUUUCCAAUGCGCCUAGGGACUCUGGUGAACUUUCGGAACCAAUUCGAAUUCCCCAUUCGCCAGGGAGGAUACGCGAACGCCUCUAAUCUGCAGGUGCAGACGGCUGCUAAAUGCGCCGAAACUCUCAAGGAUGCCAUCAGCCCGUAUCUUUUGCAGCGGUUCAAGAUUGACGUUGCCGCCGAUCUGCCGAAAAAGAGUGAACAAGUCCUGUUUUGUAAGUUGACAAAGACACAGCGGCAGGCAUACGAGACAUUUCUUGGUUCCGAGGAGAUGAAAUCGAUACUUGGGGGGCGUCGACAGGUUUUAUACGGUGUCGAUAUCUUAAGGAAAAUUUGCAACCAUCCCGAUUUGCAAAACCACAAGCUGCUUUCCACAGCCACAGGUUACGGCAGCGGGUCCAAGUCCGGUAAAAUGCAAGUCGUCAAGUCGCUGUUAGAGCUAUGGAAGGAAACGGGACAUAAGACUCUACUGUUCACGCAGCACCGGAUUAUGCUGGAUAUCCUCGAGAAGUUUGUGAACUCGAUCUCUGGAUUUAACUACCGUCGAAUGGAUGGUACUACACCCAUUCAGCACCGGCAGACCAUGGUCGACGAGUUCAACAAUGACCCAACGCUGCACGUGUUUUUACUAACCACCAAGGUUGGCGGGCUGGGGGUCAACCUAACGGGGGCCGAUCGGGUUAUCAUAUAUGAUCCCGAUUGGAAUCCCUCUACCGAUAUGCAGGCGCGGGAGCGCGCAUGGAGGCUUGGACAAAAGCGCGACGUCACCGUCUACCGGCUUAUGACCGCCGGAACCAUCGAGGAGAAGAUCUAUCAUCGCCAAAUCUUCAAGCAGUUCCUCACGAACAAAAUUCUGAAAGAUCCCAAACAACGCCAGACGUUCCAGCUGAGCGACCUCCAUGAUCUCUUCUCCUUGGGAGAAGAAAACCAAGGUCCUACGGAGACGAGCAAAAUCUUCAAAGAUGCCGAAGUCACGUAUGAAGACAGAGAUAGCACAUCUCAACCGCCUGGCACAACAGCUCAAUUAGGGGAAGUGUCAUAUGAUCUGCAGGAGGAGAAGAAGGACAUCAGCAGGGUGGUUGGUGUAGCAGCCGUCGAAAAGUUCCAAGGCGAUGAAGAGCAACGGGGCGAACAAGAGAAGGGAACUCCUAGUGCCAAUUCGGAGUCUCGCAUCAUGGAAGGCAUUUUUGCUCGAUCCGGGGUCCAUUCAGCACUGGAGCAUGACCAGAUCGUGACUGGUAAACGCGUCGUGCGAGCAGACCCCAAGAUAAUCGAGGCCGAAGCGAAGAGGGUUGCUGCCGAAGCUGCCGAGGAGCUGCGGCGCGCGGGAGAGGCAGCGCGGUCCGUGCCUAUCGGGACUCCAACCUGGACAGGCCAAUUCGGCCUGGCCGGGAGACCCGAAGAGGCACCAAGCCGGCCUACGUUUGGUGGAAGCAGCAGCAUAGCUAGACGAGCGGUAGCCGGACCGUCAUCAGCCAGCAUCUUGGCCAACCUCUCCGCGCGCACACCCUCUUCACGAAGUAGCAGCAACAGUCCCGCCCCAUCGCGUACCCCCAGCGGGGUUGAUUUCAUAACCAUGAUCCGAGAUUUCAUUACGGCCCAUGGUGGGGCAGUAUUUACUCAAAUGUUGAUCGAUCAUUUCAACCGCUACUGCACUACUCCGCAGCGAUCGGCUGAGUUCAAGGAGAUGCUGAAGACGAUUGCAGUACUGAACAAGGGCGGACGAAAUGGGCGCGGCAAAUGGUCCUUGAAGCCUGAGUACGCCAAUAAAAGAUGAGAAGAAUCUGCCAGUCGUCCUUUUACUAUUGGGAACAUGAUCUCGUGCCCAGAUGUUGACAGACCAGCCUUGAUUGGGCCGGUUGCAUAUGAGACAAGCGGCUUCUGGCGUCCUCGCACCCGGAUGGUUAGAUCAAUCGGCUUUGAAGGGAGAGGGUGUAUAACAAGGGAUACCCCUGUUUUGGGCGAGCGGGCAGAUGGACC